GCAGGCAAAAAGCCACUGGGGAAGCCAGUCCAGAUCAGUCCUGUCUGGCUCCAGCUCCUGAUCCUGUGCGGAGCAGCAGCCGCGGUCUCAGUCUCAGCCAACGCCUCCGCCUCCAUCGUCGACGGGGGAGGGGCCGGCCGGACCCCUGGGUCACAGCCGAGGAAUGAGGAGAGGCAGCCGGGCCCCGCGCUCCGCCCCGGCCUAGGGCCUUGCCCCAGGAGCCGCGAGGGUGGAGGCUUGACUUUUGAUCUAUGUCCUCCCUACAUCAGCUGCCUGAAAGUACUGAAUGAUCACAUGACCCUGGACAUGGAUGCUGUCCUGUCGGAUUUUGUCCGUUCCACAGGAGCAGAACCAGGAUUGGCUCGAGAUCUUCUGGAAGGAAAGAAUUGGGAUGUGAGUGCCGCCCUCAGUGAUUUCGAGCAGCUACGUCAGGUCCAUGCUGGGAACCUGCCCCCACCCUUUAGUGAAGGGAGUGGUGGCUCCAGGACCCCCGAGAAAGGGUUUUCUGAUCGAGAGUCUACUCGUCCUCCCCGGCCCAUCCUACAGCGGCAGGAUGACAUCGUUCAAGAAAAACGCCUGUCUAGGGGCAUCUCCCACGCCAGCUCCAGCAUUGUUUCCCUGGCCCGGUCCCAUGUCUCCUCCAAUGGUGGGGGUGGGGGGAGCAGUGAGCACCCCCUGGAAAUGCCCAUCUGUGCCUUCCAGCUUCCAGAUCUCACUGUGUACAAUGAAGACUUUCGCAGCUUCAUAGAGAGAGACCUCAUCGAGCAGUCCAUGCUGGUUGCCUUGGAGCAGGCAGGGCGUUUGAACUGGUGGGUGAGUGUGGACCCCAGCUGUCAAAGGCUCCUUCCUUUGGCAACUACUGGAGAUGGAAACUGCCUCUUGCACGCAGCCUCUCUUGGGAUGUGGGGUUUCCACGAUCGAGACUUGGUGUUGCGGAAAGCUUUGUAUGCACUGAUGGAUAAGGGAGCCGAGAAGGAAGCAUUAAAACGGCGCUGGAGGUGGCAGCAAACUCAGCAGAAUAAAGAGUCGGGGCUGGUAUACACAGAGGACGAGUGGCAGAAGGAAUGGAAUGAACUGAUCAAGCUGGCCUCAAGUGAACCCCGCAUGCAUCUGGGUACCAAUGGAGCCGGCUGUGGUGGGGUGGAGAGUUCAGAAGAGCCUGUGUAUGAGAGUCUAGAAGAAUUCCACGUCUUCGUCCUUGCCCACGUGCUUCGGAGGCCCAUAGUCGUCGUGGCAGACACCAUGCUGAGGGACUCUGGGGGGGAAGCAUUCGCCCCUAUUCCCUUUGGGGGAAUAUAUCUGCCCUUGGAGGUUCCAGCCAGCCAGUGUCACCGCUCCCCUCUGGUGCUCGCCUACGAUCAGGCCCACUUUUCUGCACUUGUGUCCAUGGAGCAGAAGGAGAAUGCCAAGGAACAGGCUGUGAUCCCACUUACAGAUUCAGAGCAUAAGCUGCUGCCUUUGCACUUUGCUGUGGACCCUGGAAAGGGCUGGGAGUGGGGCAAAGAUGAUAACGACAAUGUCCGAUUGGCGAGUGUGAUCCUAUCCCUAGAGGUCAAAUUGCAUUUGCUGCAUGGCUACAUGAAUGUGAAGUGGAUCCCAGUGUCCUCCGAUGCACAGGCUCCACUGGCCCAGCCUGAGUCCCCGACAGCCUCAGCUGGAGAUGAGCCCCGGUCCACUCCUGAGUCUGGGGAGUCAGACAAGGAGUCAGUUGGCAGCAGCUCUGCCAGCAACGAGGGCAGCAAGCGGAAAGAGAAGUCAAAGCGAGAUCGGGAAAAGGACAAGAAGAGAGCAGAUUCUGUGGCUAACAAACUGGGCAGCUUUGGCAAAACCUUGGGCAGCAAGCUCAAGAAGAACAUGGGAGGCCUGAUGCACAGCAAGGGUUCUAAGCCUGGAGGGAUGGGAACAGGUUCGGGGGUAAGCAGUGGCACUGAGACCCUGGAGAAGAAGAAGAAAAACUCACUGAAGAGUUGGAAGGGUGGCAAGGAGGAGGCAGCUGGGGAUGGGCCUGUAUCUGAGAAGCCCACACCUGAGUCUGUUGGUAAUGGAGGGAGCAGGUAUAGCCAGGAGGUGAUGCAAAGCCUGAGCAUUAUGAGGAUUGCAAUGCAAGGGGAGGGGAAGUUUAUUUUUGUUGGCACCCUGAAGAUGGGUCACCGCCACCAGUAUCAGGAGGAGAUGAUCCAGCGCUACCUCACUGAUGCUGAGGAGAGAUUCCUGGCAGAGCAGAAGCAGAAGGAGACAGAGAGGAAGAUCAUGAAUGGAGGGGUAGGGAGUGGGCCUCCUCCAGCCAAAAAGCCAGAGCCAGAUGGCGGGGAGGAGCCGCUGACUGCCCCUCCAGCAGAAUCCAAGGCAAUGGCAUUCUCUGCUGGCUACCCUGGUGGCUUUACUGUCCCUCGGCCUUCUGGGGGUGGAGUCCACUGCCAGGAACCCCGGAGGCAGUUGGCAGGGGGGCCAUGUGGGGGGGGCCUACCACCAUAUGCCACCUUCCCCAGACAGUGCCCUCCUGGGCGACCCUACCCCCACCAGGACAGCAUCCCUUCUCUGGAGCCAGGCAGUCACUCCAAGGAUGGAGCUCACAGGGGUGCACCGUUACCACCCCACUUCCGCGUGGCUGAUUCCUAUAGCAACGGCUACAGAGAGCCCCCUGAGCCAGAUGGAUGGGCUGGAGGUCCCCGGGGGCUUCCCCCAACCCAGACCAAAUGCAAACAACCGAACUGCAGCUUCUACGGACACCCUGAGACAAACAAUUUCUGCUCCUGCUGUUACAGAGAAGAACUGAGGAGAAGGGAACGUGAACCGGGUGGGGAGCUGCUGGUGCACAGGUUCUGAAUGGGAAACCUUGGAGGGCAAGGGGGCUAAACAAAGAAAGUUAAGCUCAAUUAAUUGGCUCAUAAGACCCAGCUCCCAUGUUGAUGGGGCGAAUGCAGUAAUGUUGGUGUGAGCCUGGCUAGAAACUCUUUAAGUGUGUAUACUCUGAAGAGCUGCCAGGCUGGCAAGAGCAGGUCAGGGCUGGAUGGUGCCUUGAGGCUAUACUGAUCCUUUGCCUAUCUUGACUUGAUGGUACUGAGAAGGUACAAGGGGAGAAAGAUGAUAAUUGUGUGUUAUAACACCUUGGGUCCAUCCCAGGCCUAAGGGAAAGUGUAAGGGAAGAUUCGGUGUGUGGGGGUGGGUAGGUGGGCAGAAGUCUGGGGGAGGAACUGGCAAAGGAGGUUCAGUCAAUAAAAGAAAAAACAGACCAAAGUUCUUUUAGGUUGGAAAAAAGCACACGGUGGUGGAGUUGGGAGUGUGGAGGGAAACUGGGAAAUUAGAUUUGCUGUUGACUUGAAUUAAGGUAGAUGUUUAGUGUUGGAUAAAUUUUUCCUUCUGAAGGAUCUGGAAAGACAAGGAAGAAAUGUGUGCUUCUGGGUGCUUAUUAGGAGGGGGAUGGCUUAAAUCGGUUUAGUGAGAUGGCAAAGGCAAGAACUUAAAGGGGGAAUCUUUUUCCUCUGAAGUUUGAUUCCCUUCUAAACAGCCAUCUGUCAUCCCUUCUAGUUCUAGAGGAGAUUGCCGAUUGCCCCCUAUCUUUUCCACAUCCUUUUUGAGGGCUGAGCUCAGCUAAGAAGGUUGUGAUUUUUUUUAGGACUUUAAUUUUAUUAAACAAAAAACAGAAAAAAAGUUCCCUCUGGGGAAGGCAAGAGAAUGAUAAGAGCAGCUGUGUGUGUGGAAUUUUUUCCAGGUGAAUUGGUACAGAGGUGAUCUUUUUUUAACUACUAGCAAUAACCACACAUUUGAGUGCGCCUUGGGAGGGGGUGGGAGGAGGACAGACUUUUGGCCAGACUGUUUCAAACAAAACCAAAAACCUAAAUAGAGCACUACCGUCCUCUGCUGCUGCAUUUCUGUAGAAAGCAACUUAUUUUUUUGAUUUUUUUUUUUUAAGAAACAAAAAGACCCUAGCAAGCAAAAAACAUUUUUAAAAAUGAGUUUUUCCCCUCCUAUUUAAGUGAUUCUUUCUCCUUCCUCUCUACUUUUGGAGAAUGAACUUAACAUCCCGGCUUCUUUUGUUAAGCCAUAGCUGACCUUAAUCUGUGGUUAGUUUAUUAAAAUAAUUCAAAAAAUACUUUGUAAGAAGAGAUAUUUUUGAUAAUAGGACUGAUGUUGAAACUUGGGGUAGGGGUUAGGGGCAAUUUAUAAAGAGGUAGCUAGAGAAAUAUAUAUUUUAGUGAACUAUAACCACAGAUCACAGAUUACUCCCAAUGAGCUGAUCUGUCAUUGGGUCUCCCUCCUCUCCCCAAACCAUCCUUUUCCCCAGAGGGUGGGAGUGGGUCUGUGGACACGGUAGUGGGGGGAGCUCCUUUGCAUUUUGCACAAAGCACAAGUCUGGACAGCCUAUGCUCUGGCCAGCACCAUUUCUAAGAGCUUUAAACUGGAGGACCUAUCCUGGGCCAAUCUUCCCUUUUCUUUAAAUUAUUUCUUUCUGGGGGUAAAAAUCAACUAUGCAAUUGUAUACACUCCUGGGUGCAUAUGAAGAAGGGGCAUAAGUGUACUUAAUGUGUCUAGAGUGUUAAUUGGGGCUAUUUUUGUGUAUUUGGAUUUCUCUUUUGAGGUGUGUACUCUUAAACCAUCCUGUGGAAUGUAAUCCUCACAUUUGAUCCAAGGCAGACAUGAGCUGGGGGUGUGCAUUGGGGGGACUUGUGUUUGCCAUAUGUUGCUUCUGCCCAAUCAGGAAAGUUGUCAUCCCACCUCCCCCUUGAUAACAAAGUCAGCCAAGACUGUCCUCUUCAUUGGAACUGCUCACAAUUUAGGAAGUUUCCUUUCUCCUCAACAAACUUGAAAAGCCACUUAUUUUCUAAAUCUGAUUGUCUGUCGAUUUAAUAAUUUCCAUGGCUAUUAAUUCUUAGGCUUUUAUUUGGAAAUGGAUGUGUUAAGGAAGCAAUGAGGUCAAAGGAGAUAGGUUCCAAAAGAGGGUAUGUUUGUAUUUCCAGGCAGGACUGGGGCUGGUGUGAGAGGAGCAUUCCCUUCAGGGUCAAAACUUAAGGAGAUGCCAAAAGCUCACUAGUCAAGAUAAAUACUGUUUUAAUGCAGCAUUUAAAAAAAAUUAAUGCAAAAAAUCCAUCAUGAGCAAAAUAUCAAAAUCUUUAAAACAGGAUCCAGCAGGACUGGGGUUAGAGUGUGAGGGAAGAAAAGCUGAAUUGAACAAGGAGGAGUGGAAUCGUGUCUUUAUUUAAAAUUUCAAUAUUUUAUUCAUUGUGGCUCUUUUUAUAUUAGUUUUGAUUUUCAGAAUAUAUUGUGUUAAAAUAGCAUCUUGGUCACUGGCUUUUGAGGCAUCCUUAAAUUUUGUGCCUGAAGUGAGUGCCUUGCUUACCUCACCCCGUGUCUGGGCUUAGAACAACACUGGUGAGACCACGACCAUAUGAACUUCUGUCGCCUAACAUGCACCCAAACAACAAGUGACUCAAACUCACACCUAGAAUUUGCACAGCACACCUAGCUUUCCCGUAGGCAUCCAUCUAUAUCAUAGGAUUUUGGCCUGGACCAAUAGGAAUGGAAACAGACCAGGGAUUUUCCCAGAGACUAAAACCAGGAAACUUAAUUCUCCACUGGACUGCUGUGUUUGGAUUUGAUCUGUUAUUAGAGUCUAGUUAAUACUUUUGUUUUUAAAAACUGAGGACAAAUGAACAAAAACGGAAAUCUUGUGUCAUGUUUGCUUUUGUUUUGAUUUAUAAAUUGACCAACCCAAUCCCUUUUGUCUUCUUUUCAAAUAAAAAGGUGGAAAUUCUGAGGGGUGCCCAAGGGGGUGAAAAUGGUUUAAAAAAAAGUGUGUGUGUGUGGGGGGGGUUAGGUUAUUUAGGCGCUAUAGCUUUUUCAUUAAGAAUUUUUUGUUUUUAAUUUGGGAAGGUAACUUUAUUGAGGCAUUAAAAAAAGAAUAACCUCUGCAUUCUAAAGAUGAGGGACCCUGAGUCAAUGGAUGUUUUUCUGUAGGGAUGAGUAAAUUCUGUUCUGCUUUAUUUUUUGAGACGACUGUAGGAUGGGAAGGUGGUGAAAAAUUGCCUGGGAAAUGGCAGUAUUUGGGGAGGGAGUAGAAGAGGCAGCCUCGUGCAGUUACUGUGUUGGGGGGAAGGGAGGAGACGGACAUGCUCUCAAAAGGAGCCAGAUUCCGUAGUUGGGAGUGUGGUUGAAGGGGGGAGGCAGGCCCCUCAAUCCUAAUUGAGGGAUAUCAUCUCAGGCUUAAAUAAGUGCACUUAGUUAUUUUAACCCAAGGCACUGGGGUACCUACUGAGGUUGUUGUUGGAGAGGGGAGAUUUUCAGGGCUUUUACUUUUCCCAUUUUGAUUUCAGACAGUGCUACCCCUUCUACCCACCCUAGAUUCUCCAUCUCAGCCCUGAAGGAGCAAAUAGGUCUAUAGGACAUGCCUCCAGAUUCCUCCUUUUAAUUUAUGCUGGUUUGAUGGACAGUUACAAGAUUUAACCAAACAUUUUUCCCUCACACUGGAUUCUACAGCAAAAUAAAAUGAUAUUAA